UCCAAACACACGUAAUUUGCAUUAACACAAUUCCAAAUUUCAAAAUUUCCCUAAAUUAGGUGUAAAUCGAUUUUCGUCCGUUAAAAAGAAGAAACGGAAAAGACUAGGCUCAUUCUCCAACCAACGGCGACAACAACAAAGAUUCUUUCUAGUUUCUUCCUUUCCUUUCCUUUUUCGUCGCCAACACGGUAAACAAAACCCCCCAAAUUUCCUCAAUUAGGGUUUCAAUCCACAUUCCAAUUCCCCAACCCUCUUCUUCCCAAUCCUCCAAAUCCCGAAACUUUCCCCAACUGGGUCCUCAAGUACGCCACGGCGAGCCCUCGUAGCUCGCGAUCUCAGAAACCAACGAUGCCGAAAUCCUCACGAUUCCUAGUCGUCGCGAUCGCCGUCGCCGCGCUCUGCGUAAUCCUCCCCGUCGCGGCGGCGGCGGAUCUCGAGGACCCCGGCGUGCUGCGGCUGCCGUCGGACAGCCUGUGCGGCAAAACGACGCCGUCUUCGUGCCCGGCAAAGUGCUUCCGCGCCGACCCCGUUUGCGGCGCGGACGGCGUGACGUACUGGUGCGGUUGCGCAGAGGCGGCGUGCGCAGGCGUGGAGGUUGCGAAAUUGGGGUUCUGUGAAGUCGGGAAUGGUGGCUCGGCGCCGAUUCCUGGGCAAGCUCUGCUUUUGGUGCACAUUGUUUGGCUCAUUGUGUUGGGGUUCUCCGUGUUGUUCGGUCUUUUUUAGAUAAUUGGGUUUCUUUAUGUAUUUACCAUGAUCAGAGGGUGUUAUGGUUUUGGUUCUUUGGGAUUCUUUGAGGGUUCUUUUUGUAAAUUGAUCAAACGGCCAUUCUUGUAUUGUAUGUAUGAUUAUUCUUAUUAUUGUAAUUUCACAACUUUCUUGAUUCAUGAUGUUGGUGUGGUUUAUUUUAUGAAUUUAAUUGGAACACGCUUGCUUUC